AUGGCUGGUAUUUUCUCUAUUCCGGAUGAGGUUCUAGUCUUAUUAUUAGGCCAUUUAGAUGGUCAUGAUUCGAGGUCAUUCGGAAAUACCUGUAAACGCUUCAGGAAUUUCAUACUUACAAAUAAAUUGGCAUUACCAAAACCCGUCUUGAAGUGGGAUACUGCUCAGCUUACAUUUGGUGAGAAGAUAAAUCUUUCGCGACGUCUUAAUUUUAUCUCAUUACUUAGACGAAAACGGGUUGCAAAUGCGAAUGAACUGGAGAAAUGGGAAUUUACGGAGGAAGAAUUCUCUGCAGAAUUUGCUGAACUCUUUUUUGUGAUAGCUCCGAGAGAAAUCUAUAUAAAAUGCGAAGAUUUUAACAUUAGUAUAGAAUUAUUAGUAAGGAAAUGUGUUGGAAAUCUACGAGGUUGUAAUCUAGCUCUGGAAAUGGAUAAAUGUUCGUUGAAUGAACGUGCAUUGAAGGACUUUUUCAAGCAUUAUUCCCCGUUCGGUCUGCAGUUAACAGGUCAUUUCGACAGAAGUAUAAUAUCCGAUCAGAUUUUGCCAGUUUCUUCUUUGUAUGCUCUAUAUAUUGGCGCUAAUAUGGAAACCUGCUCUAGAAUUUCUGGAAUAACCGUUCGGCGGAUUGUGAACAAUUGGUCACAACGGUAUCCUGACAAUUGCAAGGACAGGCAAGACUUAUCGCCUAUCGACAACUAUCUCCUGAGACACUUCACUAUAGAACUUCCUGGCUGUGAUUUGGAUUACAAUGAGUUUUUUGCUUUUUUCAAGGAACUGAUUCGUGUUCCUCACUGUACGAAAGAACGGAUUAUGAUUGGAAAUCUUCCAAAAGCAUUGAUUCACACUAUUUACAAUAACUUGUCAACUUUUAAUGAAGUUGGACCAGCUGUGUGGGUUGAAGAAGGAAUUUGUAAUGUUGAAGAUAUAAGAAAUCAUUCCAGCGGACAUUUAGUGGCUCACAAUUAUUUUAUUGGCUGGAAUCGCGCACCAGACCCAUCUCAGAUGUGUGAUACAGUUCGGCUGGAUUUAAGUAUUACGGUUCUGCAAUACAAGGAAGUUCUACAAAUGAAAAGAUGUCUCCUUAAUGUUUGGAUCACGUUGAGGGCAGAUAAUGCGGAACAGGAGAAGUGUUUUCCUGAAACCGCUCUGGUCAAAUCUACUACUUCACGUAAGCACAGAAGAACCACCGAGCUAUAA